AUGGCACCUAUUCGGCGAUACCUUCGAAUCAGCAAAUACUCGGUCCUCGAAUGUCGCAUCUACCUCGAAAAUCCCUCAGAUACACGGUGGCUGCUGGACAGCCGAGACCCCGUCCUCCCACGGAUCUUCGCUGCAAUCCGCCCCUUGAUUCUGCCAAAACUGCGCGAAGAAAACGAGAGACUUUACGCGAAGAAGAAAGGGAAGCCAGUCAAGGAUGUUAUAGCCGAGGACGAUUUCGAGGUCGCUUUAUUCCUUCGCGAAUCUCGGACGCGUCACACGCUUCUGACUCGGCAGAAGGUCUUCGAGGGCGCUGAGAACGAAUCGGACAUCCUAACCAACCGAUCUGGGAAAGAAGACACACAAAUCCUAAUCGAGAGCGAUGGCGAAGCUGAUACGAAUCUGCGUGAUAUUCCUCAAGCGGCUGGAGGGGAGGGCAGUGCCAAGCGUGGUCGUGAGAUGAGUGAGCAGAUCGAGAGCCCAGGCAGCCACCGGACAUCAAAGCGGCGAAAAAAUGAGCAGACACCGGAACCGCCACAAGGUGGCAACGAUGACAAGAAGUUACGGUUCCGUACACAGUACGAGGGAUUCAACAUCUACGGCUGGACCCUGUGUCUGCUGGUGACGCGGAAAGGGGCCAGAGCUAGACUCAGACCUGCUGACUCGGGCAUCUCACGACAGGUUCUGAUGGAGGAGUGGAUUUCCACUCAGGCGCAAGGAGACGUGGAUGAAGAAUGA